AUGUCGGUGGAGAUAACGCAGAACGCCCAGCAUGGUGUCCUACAUUGGGUCAUUUGUUCUCCCGGAAUUCUAACAUUCUGGGUGUGGCUGAUUGCUUGCGAAGAAAAGCUUGAUUCUUUGCUCUCAGACUACGAUAUCCUCUCUUUAUCCAGUAUCCAACAGCACUCGGUAAGAAAGAGAGAUCUACAGGCAUCAACACAUUUAGAAACACUGCUGACGUUUUCAGCAUUGAAAAGGCAUUUUAAAUUAUACCUGACGUCAAGUACUGAACGCUUUUCCCAAAAUUUCAAAGUUGUGGUGGUCGAUGGUAAAAAUGAAAGCGAGUACAGCGUCAAGUGGCAAGACUUCUUCCGUGGACACGUGGUUGGUGAGCCUGACUCUAGGGUUCUAGCCCACAUAGGAGAUGAUGAUAUUACAAUAAGGAUCAACACAGAUGGGGCAGAAUAUAAUAUAGAGCCACUUUGGAGACUAAUUAAUGAUACUAAAGACAAAAGAAUAUUAGUUUAUAAAUCUGAAGAUAUCAAGAAUGUUUCACGGUUGCACUCUUCAAAAGUGUGUGGUUACAUAAAGGCGGAAAAUGAAGAUUUGCUUCCAGAAGGGCUGGUAGAUGGAGAGGCACCUAAGGAGCUUGUUCAUCGGGUGAGGAGAAGAGCCGACCCUGAUCCCAUGAAGAACACGUGUAAAUUACUGGUGGUGGCAGAUCAUCGCUUUUACAAGCACAUGGGCAGAGGGGAAGAGAGCACCACCACCAAUUACUUAAUAGAGCUCAUUGACAGAGUCGAUGACAUCUACCGGAACACUUCCUGGGACAACGCAGGCUUUAAAGGUUAUGGAAUACAGAUAGAACAGAUUCGCAUUUUCAAGACUCCAGAGGAUGUAAAACCUGGUCAGAGGCACUAUAAUAUGGCAAAAAGUUAUCCAAAUGAAGAAAAGGAUGCCUGGGAUGUGAAGAUGCUGCUGGAGCAAUUUAGCUUUGAUAUAGCUGAAGAAGCAUCUAAAGUCUGCCUAGCACAUCUUUUCACGUACCAGGAUUUUGAUAUGGGAACCCUUGGAUUGGCUUAUGUUGGUUCUCCCAGAGCAAACAGUCACGGAGGUGUUUGUCCAAAGGCUUAUUAUAGUCCAAUUGGAAAGAAAAAUAUCUAUUUGAAUAGUGGUUUGACCAGCACAAAAAAUUAUGGUAAAACCAUUCUUACAAAGGAAGCUGACCUGGUCACCACUCAUGAAUUGGGGCACAAUUUUGGAGCAGAACAUGAUCCGGAUGGUCUCGCGGAAUGUGCCCCAAAUGAGGACCAGGGAGGAAAGUUCGUGAUGUAUCCCAUAGCUGUGAGCGGGGAUCAUGAAAACAAUAAGCUGUUUUCAAACUGCAGUAAACAGUCCAUCUACAAGACCAUCGAAAGCAAGGCCCAGGAGUGUUUCCAAGAGCGCAGCAACAAAGUGUGCGGGAACUCGCGCGUGGACGAAGGAGAGGAGUGCGACCCGGGCAUCAUGUACCUGAACAGCGACACCUGCUGCCACAGCAACUGCACCUUGAAGGAGGGCGUGCAGUGCAGUGACCGGAACAGUCCUUGCUGUAAAAACUGCCAGUUUGAGACUGCCCAGAAGAAGUGCCAAGAGGCCAUUAACGCUACAUGCAAAGGCGUGUCUUACUGCACAGGUAACAGCAGUGAGUGCCCUCCGCCGGGGAACGCCGAGGACGACACGGUGUGCUUGGACCUGGGCAAGUGCAAGGACGGCAAGUGUGUGCCUUUCUGCGAGAGGGAGCAGCAGCUGGAGUCCUGCGCGUGUAACGAGACGGACAACUCGUGCAAGGUGUGCUGCCGGGACUCCCAGGGCCGGUGCGUGCCCUACGUUGACUCCGAGCAGAAGAACUUGUUUUUGAGGAAAGGGAAGCCCUGUACAGUAGGGUUCUGUGACAUGAAUGGCAAAUGCGAGAAACGAGUACAGGAUGUCAUCGAGCGAUUUUGGGACUUCAUCGAUCAGCUGAGCAUCAAUACUUUCGGGAAGUUCUUAGCAGACAACAUCGUGGGCUCCGUCCUGGUUUUCUCCUUGAUCUUUUGGAUUCCUUUCAGCAUUCUUGUCCAUUGUGUGGAUAAGAAGCUGGAUAAGCAGUAUGAGUCCCUGUCCCUGUUUCACCCCAGUAACGUGGAAAUGCUCAGCAGCAUGGACUCUGCCUCGGUCCGCAUCAUCAAGCCCUUUCCGGGGCCGCAGACCCCAGGCCGCCUGCAGCCCCUGCAGCCCCCCCCUGUGGUGCCGAUGGUGCCUGUGGCCCCGAAACUGGACCACCAGCGCAUGGACACCAUCCAGGAGGACCCGAGCAUGGACUCGCACAUGGACGAGGACGGCUUCGAGAAGGACCCCUUCCCGAACAGCAGCACAGCCGCCAAGUCGUUUGAGGACCUCACGGGCCACCCGGUCACGAGGAGCGAGAAGGCCUCAUCCUUCAAGCUGCAGCGGCAGAACCGCGUCGACAGCAAAGAGACCGAGUGCUAGCGGGGGAGGGGCCGCGCUCUGCCCUGUGCGCAGCGCUCUGUACGUUUGACCUGAAUCACUCGCCGGUUUUGUGAAGAUCUGGGAGAAACCAGGCAGUGACUGCAGCAGGUGCUGGUCACGCGUCUGGACUUCUUGGCAUAUGUACUCGUGUGGUUGGGCCUUUCUGUGUGGACAGGUAAGGUGAAUCUAGCUUAUUUUGAGGCUUUCAGGUUUUAGUGUUUGUUUAAAAUAUCCUUCAACCUGUGGUGCAGAAGCAGAAAAUACAGCUGGAUUAGGGCAUAAGUAUUUACGUUUUUGUAAAGUAACCUUUAUAUCGAUGACAGCACUGAUUAGGGAGAGAAUGAUUUUCUUUUUCAUACAGUGUCAUGAAGAUGAGGCAGUUAGCAUUACUCGUGAGGAUAACUGGAACACAGAAUAAUUUAUUUUUCUGCCCUCAAGUAAAGAUAAGAUAAAACUGAGCUGUGUACUAUCUCCACAGUGUGGGUUCUGGUUCCCGGUACUCCCCCACGCCUUCAGCAGGGAGAAUACACACCCCAAUUCAGGAGUGAUUUGGGUUACUGUUUCUUCAGAAUUCUAAGGUUAGUACUUUCUGCAGUUUAAAUAAUCUUGUUUACAGCGAGAGCCCGAAGUAGGGCUAGUUGCAUUACAGAAUCCUGCCCCCUGUGUGAGACCCCCAUUUGCUGGGCAGUUUUUCUGUUUUACAAUGUGUUCCAGGACCUAACGCUGUUGGCGCUUCUGGGACGGCAGCAGCUGGCACGCCCACAGCACUGAGCGUCCCUAGGCGCCUUCAGAGUUCUCUCGGUCUCCGUGUCCAUCUGGCACCACCAGCCUUCCGGCCGCUUUUCCAAGAACCAGUGGCCCUCGUGGCAGCGGCCCCUUCUGGCUGAGGAGCCAGAGGAGAUCUUGAGCCAGAGCUCGGGUGCAGGGAGUGGCCAUGCCUCUAGGGAGGGUCACUGUUGUCUCCAUAGGCGAGGUUGCGUUUGAUCUGGGGGAACUUGAGGGCCUGCUGAGGGCCAGCGUCGAUGCUGGUGGAGUUGGGGUGCAGUCUGGGAGGCUCCUCUCAGAUGUCUCACAGCUUGAGCCAUCAGGACCCUGGGUGCCUGGGACGUGCUGAGGGGCUGCUGCAUCAUCCUCACCUGGGCCCGGCGGCCUGGCAUCGGGAAGCAGGACUGGGCUCCUGUUGGCAUUGCUGAAUGCGGGGACCUUGUCUUCCUGGAGGUGACAGUCUCCUUUUGGAGGUGGCCUCGGUGAGAUUUGGAGCCGGUCCGCUGCCCUGUUCACUCUGCAGAGCUGUGCUGUGGCCUCGGAGUCCGGGACGGCUCCGCCCGGUCACACUGGGUGGUCGGUCCUGCUGUCCAGGCCUGCUUCCCGGGCCGGCUCGGGCUGCUCCUCCGCACUGACUGGGGGCCGGCCCGGCCGAGGUGGGGCCUGUCUGCCCCUCAGCAUGAGGAGCCCUCCUCCAGCAUCGGCCUGGCCGCGGGGUGACAGCCCCUGGGAGGGACUCCGACACCGUGGUGCUGCCCUGCACGUGGCUGUUCGCAUUGCGUCCUGCUCAGGACUCCGGACGGUGUGCGCUCGCUGUGUGAAGGAGAAGUCACCGGGGAGUUCUGACUUCCUUAGAGUUAAAAGCUUCUCUCCUGUAAGUCCUGAACUGUGCUCAUCAGCCAACAUGUUUAGUGAGUAACUUACAAACUUUGAGGGCAAUUAACCAAACCUGUGACAAAUGGUGUCUUUUUUCCUAAGGAUGUUUGUUACACAGAUACCUGUUACACUAAUACUUGAACUUGUACCUUGUGGUAUUUGCUGUCUUUUAACUAGUCACAAUACUCUCAUAUUUACACUUUUGGACUCUGAUGUAAGGUGAGUGGGUGUAUGUGUGAGAGUGAAGCAGUUCCCAGCUGAAUGUAAGAAAACCAUUUUUUAUAAAAUCAACUUUAAAAAAAA